AUGGAGGGUGAGACAGCUGCAGCAGAAGCGGGGAACGCGGCCAUGAAGGCAGCCGACAGCCAUCACGCCCAGGAACACGGCGCAGGCACGACGACGACGAGCAGCACCAGCACCAGCACCCACAGCAGCGGCGCGGCAGUGGCGGCACCGGCAGCUGGGAGUGACGACGGAACAAGUAGCAACGGGUCGUCCGACGUCGCAGCCCUCCAUCCCAACAAGCGGAUGCGACUCGACUCGACGACGGCCACUGACAGCGGAUUGAGCAUGCCCACACUAGCAAUGCCAGCGCCGAUGCAGAUGCCGAUGCAGAUGCCCCUGAUGAUGAUGGCUGCUGGGACAACGACGACCCCAAAUGGCUUCCACCACCCCACAGCAGCUGGAUCGCCGACCGUCGUGCACCUGGCAGCACCCAACGCAUACCCGCACCCGCACCUGCACUCACCAAUGCAGUUCCAUCAGCAGCACUCGAGCAUUGCCGUGCAGAGCCCAAAUGGCACCCUUCACAACAGUCACAACAGUCACAACAACGGCACACUCCCGCCGCUCCCGCCGCGAUCCGCGGACGCAGGAACUCCGCGAGCCUUCUUUGGAAAUAUGGACGGACCCCUGUCCGCCCCGCUCUACCCAGUCCCCACGGCGACAAGCACGGCCACGCCGGGUCCCUACCCGCACCAGGGCGAGAUCACUGCUGCUACUGCCGCCAGUGGCUCGCCGUUUGGCCGGCAACGGACCUUUUCAGAAACCAGCCUGGUUGGCCAGCCCAUUACACCGCCUGCUAUUCGUUCCUCUGGAGGACACGGCCCGCCCGGAACGCCCGGGUUUGCGCACUCGCCGCUGGUCCAGCCGUCGGCCAUGUCUCCGACAUCCGUGCACGCGCUCGGCGGCACGCCAAAAACCGUCACGUUCGCGUCUCCGAGCGUCGACUCGUCCUACGCCUCGAACGCAGACCCCAUCAAGCUCAGCGAGCUCAAACAAAAGCGACGACGCCUGUCCAUCAGCGAGCCGUCCAAACGCGUCCCGGACUUUUUGCGGGCGGCUGCAGCAUCUGCGGCCACUGCUGAGGCAACAUCGCCAUCCACGUCUCCUCCUCCUCCUCCUCCUCCAUCUGCCACCGCUGCCUCCGCUGCCGUGGAAGACGACGCCGCUACCACCACCACCACCACCACCACCGCCACCGCCGUUGCAACGACAGCCCCGACAAAACCCGCCGCUGAGAGUGCUUCUGCGGAUGGCACGUCCCUCGCGCCCAUCGUGCCUGCUCCCCGCCCCGCUUCCGCACCCACAGCUCUCGCUUUCUCGAGCGACGAAGCCGACCAGCCUCCGUCGUCUGCCGAGUCCUCUGCACCCAGCAGCGCACUCGCAGUGGACGCAAAGCGCGAUGGCCUUUUUGCGCCUGCCACCCAGACAACGCACGAGUCCGCCUCACCCAUCCCGAUUGCGAGCUCGCUGGAGCCCGGCCCAGAAGCCAUUCCAGCAUCCCACGCUGGGACGGGUGCAUCACCAGUCAUUCCUCUGCUUGCACCACCACCAAGCAUCACCCCUGGCAGCGUCACAUCGCCGGGCUCGAUUGUCGUCCCAAUGAUUGUCAUCAAGGACGAAGCGGGCACCACCACUCAAGGCGAUCUGUACGACUACAAGCCGUUGUCCGCGAUGGCGUCUCCGUAUUCCGAACACGCGGCGUGUGAAGCCUCCAUGUUUGCGCGUUCGCCCAGCGAAUUGGAGAAUAUUCUCGUGCUGAACGUCACCGAGCGGUGGCCUGAUGCAGGUCUGACCUUUCCGCGCAUUCGUCACUGGGCCCUCGUCACUCCGUGGAGUGGUUCGCGCGGCGGCACUCACAGCGCGAGCUCCGCCCUUUCUCGCGCAGGCUCUGCGAAUGAACUGGGCGCGCCAAGUCAACUAGACCAUUCCGAGCCUGGAGCGCGAUCGCCGAGCCUGAGUGCUCGGUCCCCGUCCUCCUCCAGUGCCGCAAAGCUUGAGCCGCCGUCUCCAUCUGGCGGGGCGACUCUCAGCAGCCCGCGAGACACUCCCUCGGCCGCCAUGCGCCGUCGCCAGUCUGGCGUUGGCACGGGAGGCCAGCAGCAACAGGUUGCCAACAACGCAGCGGCCGGCGCGACGGACGCGACUCUGCUCGCUGCGUCGGAUUCUGCCUCAGCCCCAGCGCAGCCACAGGCACCUGCGGAGCACGGAGGGGUGCCUCCAACCCCCGCCGCCGCAGAGCAUCCGCACGUGUCGCAGCAGCAGCAAAUGUUCCACAUGCAUUACAUGAAGGACGGGCGAGCGAGCGAUAUGGCUGGUGUGCCAACUGCUCCUGGAGCGAAAACUCGCAAAACCAAAAAGCAGCAGCAGCAGCAACAGCAACAGCAGCAGCAACAACAACAACAGCAACAACAGCAGCAACAACAGCAGCAACAGCAGCAACAACAGCAACAACAAUUACAGCAUCAACAUCAACAACCAAACAUCCAUUUUGCGCCGCAUCCGAAUCAGCAGCACAUGCAGUAUCAGCAGCAAUUUCCGCCACAGAACCAAGGAUUUAUGGACCAACAACAACUCAUGUUGCAGCACCAGCACCAGCUUCAGCACCCCGAUCAGCAACAACUCCAGUACCAGCAAAUGAUGAUGCAACAGCAGCAACAGCAGCAGCAACAGCAGCAGCAACAUCCCGAACAGCCGCUCCACCAGCAAAUGAUGCAGCAACAGCAGCAAAUGUUUGCGCAGAUGAAUUACGGCAACAACGCGUAUGCACCCCCGCAGACCAUCACGCUGCUGGAUUUGCCCACGUACCAGUUCAUCGACGUGUACGGCCAUACUCAAACAGUCUACGGCAUUCCGCCAAACCCCGUUCCGUACGGCUACACGGGGCCAGACCACGUCCCUCCCAUGACCAAUGGUGUGGCCCACGCGCACCUCGGCUACAAUGCCGAAAUUGGGCACAUGUACUCGAUCGAACCGCCGCAAAUGACAAUGAUGUACGAGCCAGCGCCAAUUUCGAGCGGUCUGGAAUUGCAAAUCGGUCAGCGCAUCGAGGCCUUUGAUGCAGAGGGUGCUUGGCACGUUGCUCGUGUGCGCAGGCGAGACGUCGAGGACGCGACCGUCUCAAAGAUUGUUCCUCCUGGUUCGUUUGUGCUGGUUCAUUACGAGGGGUAUGGCCCCGAGUUUGAUGAAUGGCUGCGAGUUGGCGCGCUUCGUCAUGUUAUGACAGCCCUGCACUUUGGACCCGAUGGUCCCGAGGAUGUCCUCAAGGAAGGUCAUAAGAGCAGAACAGCCCUCAUUUACGACCGCGGCAUGCUGUCUCAUCGCUGUUCUUGUGAUAGCAAGCGACAUGUGCAUCCCGAGCAACCAGAUCGUCUUGCGCGAAUCCUGCGAGCGAUGGAUUCCGAAGGCUUCCUGGAUCGGUGCGCAAGGCCGUUCUCGCGAGAGGCCGCAACGGAUGAGCUUGCCCAAGUUCACCAGCUUGCUCAUGUCGAGCACUACGGCUUUAUUGGAAGCGCGCCACCGGAUUUGGAGACGAUGGAAUGCGGUGGCAAAGGUGUCGCAUGCGAUACCGUCUUCAACAGCGCCACCACUGGUCGUGCCGCGCGCCUUUCCUCUGGCUGCUUGCUGCAGCUGACAUCGCUUGUCAUUCAAAACGAAAUUGUGAAUGGCUUUGCCGUCAUUCGUCCACCGGGACAUCACGCCGAGGCCAACGAAGCCAUGGGCUUUUCAUUCUUUAAUAACGUGAGCAUUGCGGCCGCGGCCGCGAAAGCGCACGGCAUGAAACGCAUUCUCAUUGUUGACUGGGACAUCCACCAUGGCAAUGGAACUCAAAACAUCUUUUACAACGAUCCCUCCGUGCUGUAUCUGAGCCUGCACCGGCACGACGACGGCAACUUUUACCCGUACACGGGCGACGCUGAUGAGUGCGGCGCGGGCGAGGGUGUGGGUAAAAAUGUCAACAUCCCAUGGCGUGGCAACGGCGCCAUGGGCAACAACGAGUACCUGGCCGCAUUCUACUAUGUCGUGAUGCCGAUUGCGCGCCAGUUCAAUCCCGAGCUUGUCUUUAUCUCGGCUGGCUUUGACGCAGCUGAAGGCGACCUCAUUGGCAACUACAAGGUUACACCAGCGGGCUUUGCGCGCAUGACUGCUUGGCUCAAGGAACUCGCUGGCGGCAAAGUGAUUCUUGCCCUGGAGGGCGGGUAUGAUCUAAACUCGUUAUCGACAUGCGCAACAGCGUGCAUUCGGGUGUUGUUGGGCGAACAGCCUCCGCCGAUCCCGCCGAGUAGCAAUCAAUACGACACGCGAAAUUCCAACCAGCCAUCCUCCGCCGCCAUCACGCUGCUGAAGCGCGUCAUCAACAUCCAACGCGAACAUUGGUCUGAGCUGCGCAUGCCAAGCUCGUUCGACCUUCCAUACGAGCUGUAUGAGAACACCUCCUCCGCCAUGCCCAAGUCUCCUCGAGGGUCGCUUGGUCCCCGAACACGUCGCGGAGUCCAUCCGCGAGACCUCGAUUAAUACGGGAGGAUGGGGCUUUUUGUCUGCUUUAGUAAUUUUUUUUUGGUUGAGGAUGUUUGUGAAUUUCUUUUGAUGGCUAUUACGAAGCGGGGGCUUUGUUUGGUUGUCCAGUCGAACGAGUGGAGCGUGAAGGUCUGGCUUGUAACCGAAUACAAUGGUUUAGCUUG